GAGACCGGGGCGGGGGGUAGGAAGACGAUGAAUGGGGGUUCACUAAUUGCACUGCUGGUAUAAAAUAAAUGGUGGUAAAUUUAUUAUUGGUCCUUAUUUAUUUUUCUUUUCUUUUUUUUUUUUGUUGAAUUUGGGAUUCUGGGUGACAGAUAUGUUUUUUUUUCUUUAUUUGUUUGUUUUGUUUUUUAAUUAUAGAUUCGUUAAAUUCGAUUCAAUUAAAUUGUUUUACUUGUGUAGAAGGGCAAAAUUAAAGCACAGUUUAAAAACAGGCAGACUGACAGAUACAAGAGAUGCUCUUAUUGUUUUAAAUGCUGGCCUCUGAAGCCCCCCGCCAUCGCCAUCACCUCCCCCCGCCACCUCUAUCUCAACGCUAGCAUUGCUCCUUCUGUUUACCCACACAUCCAAUCAAUGCGUGUCGUCAUCAGGGGGGACGAUUAUGACGACUGGCCUAUUAAGAAUGACAGCUCUGAAGAAAGAGAGAGAGAGAGGGUAAAUGGUGAUCCCUCCCAGAGCUCCCUCUCAGCACUCUGGAGCGGUCUUCUCUCAGGACAGGACCGGAUUGCAUCCCCUCUUUUCUAGAAGCCUCUCCUACUCCUUAGGAAUCAAUCUCCCACCACCUCCAGCGCCAUCACCGCCACUACACACACCCCUCCAACCUGAGAAUCAACGCCUUGGUUUUGACGGCUUGCACUCUCCUGCGAAGUCGAGCUUUUCCAAGUUGCUUGUGAUGGAAAGCAGAGAGGAGAUGGUGGCGGAAGGUGGCCAGCUUGGCAAGAACGGCACUCAUUUGUCGGAAGGCAUAGGGAGUCCCGUUCGAGAACCGCGGGGGAAACCGGUGCACAGGAGCUGUCUGAGCCCCGGCGCAGCGCCCUACACCCGGGAAAGGACCGAGCUCGUGGUGGAGGAGAGCGCACGGAGGAAUAUGUGCGCCGACAUGAGGCCGGUUGGCACGUCUUCCUCCGGAGAGAGGCACCGAUCUGAUCAUCCCCACAAAGACGGCAGCAGCUCAGACACCGAGUCUGACUUCUAUGAGGAAAUUGAUGUCAGCUGCACGCCUGAAAGCAUGGACUACCCGACAGCUAAAGGUCGAAAUGGGGAUUCUCCGAGUCACCAGAAUGAGACUGGUGUGGACCCGAGUAAGACUAUCCCGGGUCAGGGCUCUCUAUCCUACGCAGCAGACCAGAUUCGCCGGUACCGAACUGCAUUCACCCGGGAGCAGAUCGCACGGCUGGAGAAGGAAUUUUACCGGGAGAACUACGUGUCCAGGCCGAGGAGAUGCGAAUUAGCGGCCGCCUUGAAUCUACCUGAAACCACCAUCAAAGUGUGGUUUCAGAAUCGCAGGAUGAAAGACAAACGCCAGCGUCUGGCCAUGACUUGGCCUCACCCAGCCGACCCGGCCUUCUACACCUACAUGAUGAGCCACGCGGCGGCCACGGGGAACCUGCCUUACCCCUUCCCAUCCCACCUGCCGCUGCCCUACUACUCCCACCUGGGUGUCGGUGCGGGCUCUGCCGCCACCACCACCCCCUUUUCAACCCCCCUGCGCUCUCUCGACAGUUUUCGGAUGCUGUCUCAUCCGUACCAGAGGCCGGAGCUCCUGUGCGCCUUCAGACAUCCUUCCUUGUACCCAGGUCCGACCCACGGCCUGGGCCCUGGGGGAAGUCCUUGUUCCUGCCUGGCUUGCCACUCCAGUCAGUCCAACGGUAUCUCAACCAGGCCUUCCGGCUCGGACUUCGCUUGCUCCCCAACAAGCAGGACAGAUGCUUUUGUCACUUUCACGCCGUCAGUGCUCAGCAAAUCCUCAUCUGUGACAUUAGACCAGAGGGAAGAAGUGCCUCUGACCAGAUAGAAUCCAAACCAAUCAACUAUUAUCUGUACAAGCCUUUAUCAUACGCUUUUAACCUAACGUAUUAUAUGACCAGGACUGAAACAGCAUGAAGAGGUAGUAAGCAAGCAGUGAAAGCCAGCUUAAACUUGGAGGAUAAUAAACCAUAUCUUCAGCUAUAAAACGCACAAUAGACCUUCCCAAACUGAAAUAUAUUAAUUCCAUUGCAGAGCCACGGCAGCAGUGGGUCGAAAUAUAGGCGCAUGGACACGAAACCAGAUUUGAUUUUUAAAAGAUUAUUUUGAUGUGUAUGAGAGAAUGGGGUCCAGAGAAACGUUUAAUUCUCUGUGAUGGAUGAGUUAAGGGUUUUGUCAUUACCUGUCGACUCUUUACGCGUCCAAAUCAGCCUACGUGUAUUGUUAGUUACGCAAGAAUGAUGCUUUCCAUCACUCUUUUUAACAAGGGGAUUUGUUAACAGACUGCGGGCGUCUCAUUAUAACCAACUCUCCACACCGGGGGCCUUACGCCGGUCCAGGCCGAAAUGUGCAGAUGCUAGUAAAAUUAUUAAGUGAUGUAUAUGUACGACCCGGCGAAUUUUGAGUGUUGAAUUAAUGAUAAUACCAGGAAGGGAUCUUUGCUGCCAAAAGGUAACAAGGCGCCAAGGGAACGGAUUACUACAAGCCCGCACGGUUUGACAAGGAGGAGGGGGGGAGAGGAGGAAGGACCCAGAAGAGGAUGGAAAGAGGACAAUCAAAAUGGGGAAAAAGAAUACAGUCGUGGCAUAUGUAUGGCCAUCAAAUACUCAUUUCUUUCCGUUUCCCCCAUACCGAUAUAAGAGACUAUUCUUAAAUCUGAUAAAAUGUGAUUAAAUUAUGCCUAUGGGCUUUUUUUU